AUGCUUCAUGCUUUCCACCUCCCUGUAUCCUACCCGACACGGCGGCGCACCGCUUACUCGGAUGAACAUGCUCGACGCCGACUGGACAUACUUUGCGUUCCUAACGUCAGAAUGUUCUGGUGGAUCCGCACAGUUAGCGUUCUGGCACUCAUUACAUUUCGUUCGCAAUCCUACUCGAUUAGGGGCAAGAACUCAGGAGAAGCAAAGUCAAAAAAUCUACAAACGAAUGCCGUGCAGUUUUCUCCAUUGUGUGUCUCAUGCACCGCAGCAAUUGCGGCUAUGAGCGUUGUUGUGAAGUGGGAUAAAACAGAGCCGGUCAUCUUGGAGUUCGCCACUAUUAUUUGCAAGCUCGUUGCAAAACAAAGUUGGGUCGUAUGCGAUGGGAUUUCUGGACAAUUUCGAGACGAAUUUUUUUACGUGUUCCGGCGACUAUCAGAUGAAAGUCCUUCGAAAAUCUGUGGAUGGACCGUCGAACUUCCACCGAAACCAGAUGUGGCUACGAAAAAAUUGUUGCAGAAGAAGAGAUCUAAGUUUUCCCAUUCAAGAGGAGCAUGGAACAGAAAUCUACGGGUGCUGCAACUAUCGGAUUUGCAUGUGGAUUUUGAUUAUAAGCCAGGAUCGGAGGCUGAUUGUAGUUUGCCUGUCUGUUGUAGAGAGGAGAUCCAAGCUCCAAAUAGAGCAGCCGGUUACUGGGGAACUGUAGGAAAGUGCGAUAUUCCCUACUGGACUUUCAAGAACAUGCUGGAACAUAUCAACGCCACUCAUGAGAUCGACUACAUAAUGUUAUCCGGAGAUUUCAUCAAUCACUUCGACUGGUCAUACACUAUUGACGAGCAUGUCUCAACGCUUAGAAACAUAAGCUCACUCGUACGCCUGUAUUUCCCGACCACACCCACCUACUGGGCUAUCGGAAACCACGAAGGUGUGCCUGUAAACAGCUUCGCGCCGCACACAGUGGAGAAGCGAUUCUGGCCGACAUGGCUGUACCAGGAGUUUGUGGAUAUGAGUACCCCGUGGCUCUCGUCUGACUCGUCGAAAACAGUGCUCUAUCGUGGAUCUUACUCAGUAAGAGUAGCUGACGGUCUUCGUCUGAUCUCGCUUAACUCUGGAUUCUGCGAAACUACAAACUUUUUCCUUUAUUUAAACCAAAGCGAUCCUGAUCAAACGAUGUCUUGGUUCGCCAAGGAAUUAUUUGAGGCGGAAAUACUAGGCGAAUCUGUGCACGUUUUGUCACAUAUCCCUCCGGGAGAUGGAGAAUGUCUGGAAGGUUGGGCUCGGAAUUAUUAUCGUAUCAUACAGAGAUUCUCAGACACAAUAGCGGCUCAGUUUUUCGGUCAUAUUCAUGCGGACUAUUUCACUUUAUUCUACGAGGACAUGCAUAAUACCUCAUCUGACCCGAUUGGAGUUCUGUACGCAACUCCUAGCGCUACAACAUUCGCUUACAUGAAUCCUGCGUAUCGUAUCUAUGAUGUGGACUACACUGACCAGUUUAAGGUAGCGAAUAUCAAAAACUACUAUGCGAACCUGGACAAAACAAACGAAAAUCGUCCUCCUAAAUGGAAAUUGCUGUAUUCAGCAAAGGAGGAGUACGAUUUAUUGGAUUUAUCACCCAAGAGCUGGAAUAAAUUGCUGGAUUCCAUAUAUCGUAACGAAAGAGUUUCGAAGAAAUUCUUUAGGAACGCUUAUCGGGUAAAGGAUCCCGUUUGUUCGUCGGAUUGUAAAAGAGACUUGUUAUGCUCGCUUAGGAUGGGCCACCACAACUCUACUUUGUACUGCCCUCCGGAUGUUUUCAUUUAA